UACACCCCCGCGAGAUGAAAAUGAGUAAAUGUAGCGUCGGCCAUAUUUGCCUCGUGAUGAUCUGAAAAGGUGUAGGAACAGGUGACCAAGUAUGAUAAGUCAAUUCACAUGAGGAAUUAGCGUAGGGUAGUUCUAUUUCUCUGUCUAAUGCUUUAACUUUUACGCGAUUUACUAUAAUGGAAGAAAUGGAGCCGAGAACAGCCCGCGUUCUCGUCUUGUAUACUGGUGGAACUAUCGGUAUGGAAAAGACACAAUCCGGAUAUCAACCGAAGACCGGUUUUCUCCAAAAACAGAUUAAACGCCUUCCCAUGCUUUACGACGAAGUCUUCAUGGCUACUAGGAAGAACCAACAACAGACACAAUCCGAAAGUUUGGAGCUAGAAGAACUUGCUAUGCCGGUGUCUCCAUAUAAUGUUCGAGUACUAUACUACAUUAAAGAGUAUGUUCCGAUCAAGGAUUCAUCAAACCUGAUGAUCGAAGACUGGGUUAUGAUGGCGCUUGACAUUCAGAAGCACUAUGAUAGCUACAAUGGAUUUGUAGUUAUUCAUGGCACUGAUACAAUGGCUUAUACUGCCUCAGCCCUCUCUUUUAUGAUGGAGAAUCUUGGGAAGACAAUCGUUUUAACUGGAUCACAGGUCCCAAUUUAUGAACAGCGAAAUGAUGGUCGGGACAACCUCCUAGGUGCGCUGAUGAUAGCAGGCCAUUACAUUAUCCCUGAAGUUGGUCUCUACUUUGGUGGUUGUCUUUAUAGAGGCAACAGAGCUACUAAGGUUGAUGCUGGAAGUUUCAGUGCCUUUGACUCUCCAAACCUCCCUCCGUUGGUAACAAUGACAGUCAAAAUUGAUGUGCAAUGGGAUGCAAUUUUCAGAUGUAACAAUACCACGAGCUUCACUGUUCACACAAAAAUGAAUCCCAAUAUCGGUCUGCUUAGGCUCUUUCCUGGAAUUACUGCCGUGACUGUUAAGUCAUUUUUGCAGCCACCUAUGCAAGGAGUUGUGCUGCAAACUUAUGGUGCCGGAAAUGCCCCAAACAAUCGCAGUGACCUGAUCAAUGAGAUUAAACAGGCAACCGACAGAGGUGUUAUUAUUGUGAACUGUACUCAAUGUAUCCACGGGCCAGUAGUGGAUGCCUAUGCUACAGGAAGGACUCUGAUUGAUGCCGGUGUGGUCCCAGGCUCUGACAUGACCCCAGAGGCCGCCCUUACCAAGCUAUCCUAUGUUCUAGGUCAUGAUCACCUUACAGUUAAAGAGCGGCAAGAGUUGAUGAGACGGAACUUGCGAGGUGAGCUGAAGGUGGCACAAUCGCAGGAGCAGUUUUCCCUGAAAGACAGCGAGUUCAUUGAAGCGGUUGCCUGCUCCCUUCACAUAGGCUCAAGUGAGGAAAUGAGAUACAUUCGUCGGGCGCUUUUACCAGUUCUUAUGUGCUGCGCUUCAAGUUCCGGAAGUGUUCAAACCCUUCAGAAACUGCUGGACCAGGGCGCUGAUCCUAACGGUAAUAUCAACUACGAUGGUCGCACGCCUCUGCAUAUCGCCUGCUUGAACGGCAACCUAGAGAUAGCGCGUUUUCUACUGCAGCACGGCGCGUCUGUCCACGUGAGAGACCGCUUUAACAGAAGUCCGCUGGAGGACGCGAUCAAGUUCAGGCAUCAGAAGGUUGUUGAGCUACUGGUGGAGACUGGGGCCACUUUGGGCCGAAGCACGUCUGAAAUAGCGGCCGAAGUGUGCUGCCUGGCAGCAAAAAACCGAGUCGACGAUCUACGCUUAUGGGGUACCGCGUCCGCUGACCUGAACGGUGUUGACUACGACGGGCGCACGCCGUUACACGUGGCCGUGUCACGCAACAACGUGGAGGCUGUUGAAUACCUGUUGAGCUCUGGCGUCGACACCAGCCAGCGUGACAUAUUUGGGAACACUGCCCUCGAUAACGCCAAGAUAAACCAGUUUGAAAACAUUUUGAACCUGUUUGACGAACACUCACGCCGCGUUAGGGUUCAAGAAAGAAUAGAAGAGGCAGGCUAGGGAAAUAUAGGAACAAGAAAGAAGUGGAAUAGUGAAGAAUGAGACAAAAACGAAAUGGUUUAUCCGGA